AUGAUGAGUUGGUGGACGUUUGUCAUUGCAAUCCAAGUGAUUCUGGGCUCAACGUACUUUCUGUGGACGAGGAGGAGUAAAAAAUAUCAAGACCCCCUAAUGACCGAUCAACCUAUUGAAUGGAAUCCAGUUCCCCUGGUGGAGUAUGACGUAGAAGUAGAAGAGCCUCCUAUAAUGGGAAAAAUAGACGAAAACGUGCUCAACGUAGGCGCAACAAGUUUCUUAUGCUUUGAUAAAGAAGAGACGAUAGUGGAAGAUGCUAUAACCUCCUUACACAAAUAUGGAGUAGGCUCCUGUGGCCCUCGAGGCUUUUACGGAACGAUAGAUGUGCAUUUGGAGCUCGAGGAGCGCUUAGCGAAGUUUUUGGAAGUCGAAGAAACAUGUGUCUACUCAUAUGGGUUCUCUACAAUAGCAAGUGCAAUUCCCGCAUAUGCCAAAAAAGGGGACAUAAUUUUUGCAGAUGAAGCGGUUUGGUUUGCGAUACAACAAGGCAUUGAAGCAUCCCGCAGCACUGCUCAUUACUUUAAACAUAAUGAUGCAAAAGACCUUGAAAGACUCUUAUCAGAGGCCGCACAAAAGAAGGAGCUAAAUCCGAAGAGAAGAGCUUUCCUCAUAGUUGAAGCUAUAUAUUUCAAUACUGGUGAAAUGUGCCCCCUUAAACAGGUAGUAGAACUGGCACGGAGAUUUAAAUUGAGGAUAAUUCUGGAUGAGAGCUUAACUAUUGGGGUACUGGGUAAGCACGGGCGCGGCAUAACCGAGCACUUGAAGAUCCCGAGGGACGAGAUCGACCUCAUAGUCGGCUCCCUGGAGCAUUCGUUCGCUACCAUCGGCGGUUUCUGCGCGGGCACUCACUUCAUUGUCGAACACCAGCGGCUCUCUGGGCUCGGCUAUUGCUUCAGCGCGUCCUUGCCGCCAAUGUUGACGCAAGCCGCCAUAUCUGCGCUUGACAUCUUGGAAGAGAAGCCGGAGAUCCUUAGGGAGUUGGACGAUAACUCGAGAAAGCUUAACAGAGCGUUGGCACAACUGAAACACUUCACGUUCCGCGGCGACGAGGCAUCGCCGAUAAAGCACAUAUACCUCAAGAAUUCCGAACUAACGGACCGCUUGAAACACUCUUAUCUGAGGGGGAUCGCCGACUAUUGCAUGAAGGGGGGCGUGGCGAUCGCGGUCGCCGCGUACUUAAGGGACGCCGAGAGAAACUGUCCGGAGCCCUCCAUCCGACUCGCCUCCAGCAGGAAGCUGAACGACGAGAGCAUCUCUAUGAUCUGCAGGCUUUUGGACGAGGCGCACGAGCACGUCACCCCCAAAGCCGAUCUGCAAGCGCUG